AUGAAUAGAUUCACCAACAUGUUUUCCACACGGAGCCCCCCGCAUCAACACACCUACCCCGAAGUGCCCGGCUCACUGCGGUCCGACUCUGUCGAGCUAUCUGGCUUCGAGAAGAUCAAGGACGCCAGGGCCACAUCGGCAUCCAAUUUCACUCCCUAUCUCGGACUCCGUUCUCGACUCUCACAAAUAUGGAUCAACCGAUGGACCAUCCUGCUGCUCCUCGUCCUAGUCCGAGUGCUGCUGCUCAUUGCAUCACUCAACGACAAUGUGGGCUCGGCCAAGGAAAAAGCCCUCUCAGCAUGUACCAAGGUUGAGGACGUCGGCAGCUCCAUGGCAUCCAUGCCUCAUUACCUCUCGCUCGGUGUGAACGAAAUGGCGGCCAUGGGUGUCGAGACGGCCGUCAAGGCCAUGGUCACCGUGCUGGAGCUCAUCCUCACUGGAGUGGAGAGCAUGAUCUUCUUCUUCAUUAACUUCCUCGUGGGCACCUACGUCUGCCUCCUCACUGCCCUUGUCAAGGGCAGCCUGGACGCCGUUGCCUCCGUCACCGAGGAUAUUGGCAAUGUGGUCAACAAGCUCAUCGACAGCGCCACAGACGACAUUGAGUCCAUCUCCAGCGACAUUGAGGACGGUAUCAACAACAUCCUUGACGGCGUCACCGACUUCUUCAGUCCAGGAUCCAGUGACAAGCCGGAAGUGGACUUCUCCGGGCCCAUCGAGAAGCUCAAGGACUUUGAUCUCGACCCCAAUGACUUUGCCAAGGAUAUCCGCAAGGUCAACGAGAACAUCCCCAACUUUGACGAGGUCAAGAACAUCACCCAGGAGACCAUUGCCAUACCGUUCGACUUUGUCCGCAAGGCCCUCAACGACAGCUAUGGCGACUACAAGUUCAACCGCGAUGUGUUCCCCCUCGCGCAGAAGGAGAAGAUGACUUUCUGCUCGGACAACAGUACUUUGAACGACUUCUUCCAGAGUCUCUACGAUCUCAUUGAAAAGUCCCGCAUCAUCUUCAUUGUCGUUCUCGUGCUGCUGGCCGUGGCUGUCAUCGCACCCAUGGCGUGGUACGAGAUCAAGCGGUGGAGGCGCACGCAGCGUCAUGCCCGUCUCGUGGAGAAGGACUCGUUUGAUCCGAUGGACGUGGUGUACAUUGCUUCCCGGCCCACUACCUCGAGCUUCGGCGUCAAGCUGGGCUCCCGUUUCUCCGGGAAGAGGCAGGUCCUGGUGCGAUGGUGCAUCGCCUACGCAACCUCUCCGUCGGCCAUCUUCGUCCUCUCGCUGGCCCUAGCCGGUCUCUUCUCCUGCCUCUGCCAAUAUAUCCUGCUGCGCGCCGUGCAGAGCCAGGUGCCCGCCCUCAGCAGACAGGUGGGUGAGUUUGCUGGCGAUGUAGUCGGCAGCCUGAACCAGGUCUCGGAGGAGUGGGCUCUCGACGCCAACAGCGUGAUGCUGGGUCUCGAGAACGACAUCAACGACGACGUCCUCGCCUAUGUCACCAACGCCACCGACGCCGUCAACGACACCCUGACCACCUUCAUGGACACCAUCAAUGAUGGCAUUGAGACGGUGUUUGACGAUACCAUUCUCGUCGACCCCAUCAAGACCGUGGUCCGCUGCAUCAUCGGUAUCAAGGUCGAAAGUGUGCAAAAGGGCCUGACCUGGGUCCACGAGAAGGCCCACGUCGCGCUCCCCAUGUUUGCUAACGACACCUUCAGCCUCGGCGCGAAGGAGUCCGUCAACGGCGACUCGGACAUGAACACUUUCCUCGCGGCGCCCGGAGAUGGCACCGAGGACGAGGUCUCUGGUGCGGUGCAAAAGGUCGUCGACUGGCUGCGCAACGGCAUCGUCGUCGAGGCCCUCAUCUCCACGGGCAUCCUCCUCCUCUACGUCAUUGUUGUCCUCCUCGGUGUGAUUCGCGCCCUUGCCGGGAUGGCCAUGCCAGACAAGACCCGUGCUGAAGGGGGAGGUAAUGGCUUCCGCUUCACGGGGGAUGACCGUCCUCCUCUGACGCCUCGCUCGCAACCCCAGGCUUGGACAGGCGAAGGCAACCAGUUCCAGCCGCACGGGUCCGAGACGCACAUUGAGGGUGGCUACUACGGUAGUGGCGACGAGAAAGCGACCGGCGCUGUUGGUGCCCGGCCAAGACACAAUGCAGGACAUGUGCGGAACAGCUCCUACGGCGAGAUUGACCACGCGAGCAACAAGUUUUGA